AUGAAGCUACCGAAAAUUCUCCCGGCGGACGCUUCUAUCCGGCUUCUACUUCUGUUCCUGUUCGGGCGAGUGUGGGUGGGUGGACAUGCAACACAGUCGGCCCGUGUCGUGGUCGAAAACCCGUCACGACAUGCACCCCAACCAGGGUUGGCGGAAGAUUUUUUUCUUUUCUCGGCAAUAAGGCCAUUGCCAUGUUUCGCUCAAAGUCCGGCACAGCUUGCGGGCAUCCCUGGCACGACUAUUCGGUACAUGCAUUUGGCCUACCCCGUUCCUGGCAAGCUUGCCAUGCUUCGAGUCGGGGUGCGCCGAGCUUUGCUUGGCGAUGGCCUCCUCUCGCCUCUCUGCCUUUUUCUUCUUUACACAUUGUCCAAGACGCCCAGCUGGCAUCGGAGGCUGUCGUUGGAUGAAACACUCGCUACGGUUGCACUCGUCGGCGCAUUUACCGCCACCGACGUAAGCGGCGCGAAGACCGACAGCCACACGAAUCUGGGGAAGCAAGCCAUGGUUGUCGCCGAGUGGUUGGCCGCCCCAUACGGGGAUUACUAG